GACUGCUUUGUAUGGUUUUUGUAAAUCGCCAUCACGAUUCACGAAUACAACUUCCACAACACGAUCCAAAAUGCCGGCCGAUAACUUGGAAGAACAGGGCUUGGAGAAAAACCCAGAUCUAAGUCUUGCCCAGCUGAAGUUUCUACUCACCUUGGACAGCCACAAGGAUGAUUCCAAAACGAAAGAAUCGCUCAUGGAAGGAAUCAAACGAAACAAUAUGGCUCCAUACUACGAAGAAAUCUGCAAGGAGUUGAGUUGGAAGCCAGAUGCCUCCCUCUUGAAGAAGAUGCAAGCAGCCAAUGCGGAGGAGCUCAAGACGCUUGAUGCCACUCUGGAGGACGCAGAACAGAAUCUUGGAGAAACUGAGGUCCGGGAUGCCCUCCUCAGAAAGGCCGAACACUUGUGUCGCAUCGGAGACAAAGAAGGUUGCCUGGCAGUUUUCCGGAAAGCCUUUGACAAGACGAUAGCACUGGGCCACCGCUUGGACAUCAUAUUCCACCUGAUACGCGUGGGUCUGUUCUGGUUGGAUAAUGACCUGAUCACACGGAAUAUUGACAAAGCCAAAGACAUGAUUGAUGAGGGUGGAGAUUGGGACCGACGGAACCGUCUCAAGGUCUAUCAAGGGAUCUACAAGAUGUCCGUCCGCGACUUCAAGAGUGCGUCCCAGUUCUUCCUAGACACGGUCUCCACGUUCACGUCUUACGAACUGAUGGACUACACCGAGUUCGUCUCGUACACUGUCAUUGUAUCCAUGAUAUCGCUGGAUAGAACGGAGCUCAGAAAGAAGGUUGUGAAGGGAGCAGAGAUUCUAGAAGUUUUACAUGGUCUGCCAGACAUGAGAAAUUUCCUCUUUUCACUCUACAAUUGUCACUAUGCGGAGUUCUUCAAAUUACUAGCCGUCGUGGAGACCAAGCUGAAGCUAGACCGACUGAUGAGACCGCACUAUCGCUACUACGUCAGAGAGAUGCGAAUCCUAGCCUACACACAGCUACUGGAGUCUUACCAGAGCCUUACCUUACAGUACAUGGCCGAUGCGUUCGGUGUCAGCGUUGACUUCAUUGACCAGGAGCUGUCGCGAUUCAUCGCUGCCGGUCGCUUGCACUGUAAAAUAGAUAAAGUCGGAGGCAUCGUGGAGACCAACCGUCCAGACAGUAAGAACUACCAAUACCAGGCCACCAUCAAACAGGGUGAUAUCCUACUCAACAGGAUCCAGAAACUGAGUCGAGUCAUCAACAUUUAGAAAGUAAACAAAAUGUAUGGUCCAUCUCCAGCUGGAAGAUUUCAUCAAGGAAACUUGCAUUGUUUAGCUUUCCCACUCUUUCACCGGAAAACAGACAUUCCUUAGGCAAAAAAAAAGUCU